UCUCUGGGGACCAGCCUUGUCAGCUCAUUGGACUCAAUAAAAUAGGAGGAACCAUAGCGGUGCUGAUAUUAUGCUUGAGUGUUCCUUGUGCUGCCAGUCACACCGCAAUAUGUCAGGAAUGGAUCUUCUGAGUACUUCAAAUGUCAAGUUCGCUCUUGAUCUCUUCAAACAGUUGGAUAGAAAUGACAAAAAUGGCAAUAUCUUUGUAUCUCCACUGAGUAUAUCAGCUGCUCUGGCUAUGGUGUAUCUAGGUGGGAAAGGAAACACUGCCACUCAGAUGGCCAAGGUGCUUGGUUUUGAUAAAGUACACGACCUUCAUUCUGAAUUUCAGAAACUUCAAGCUGCAAUCAACAAGCCUAAUGAAAACUACGUGUUGAAGCUAGCCAAUCGCCUCUAUGGGGAGAAGAGCUACAACUUUCUCUCGAAUUUCCUUGCAUCUACUCUGAAAUAUUACGAGGCAGAAUUAGCUGCAGUGGAUUUUGCUAAGGCAGCUGAAGAAGUCAGAAAACAGAUCAACUCCUGGACUGAAACACAAACUGAAGGCAAGAUCAGGAAUUUGUUAAGCGAAGGCACUGUGGACAGUUUGACGAAGCUUGUCCUUGUGAAUGCCAUUUACUUUAAAGGGAACUGGGAACGAAAAUUUGAAGAAAAAAACACACAAGAGGGACAAUUCCGAAUAAGCCAGAAUGAAACAAAACCGGUGCAAAUGAUGUGGCAAAAAGCCAAGUUUAAUAUGGCAUACAUUCAAGAAUUUAAAAUCAAGAUACUUGAGCUCCCCUAUGUUCAGAAUGAACUGAGCAUGAUCAUCCUGUUGCCAGAUAUUGAUGACAACUUCAGUGAGCUGGAAAAACUUCAGAGUCAACUCACUUUUGAUAAUCUGAUGGAUUGGACCAACCCAGAAAACAUGAGUAAUAUGGAAGUUAAAGUCGUGUUGCCAAAAUUCAAGCUCGAGGAGCAAUAUGAUCUUAAAGCAACACUCACUGAAAUGGGAAUGCUAGAUGCUUUCAGUGAUUCACAUGCUAACUUCUCUGGGAUGACUGAGAAAAAUGAUCUGGUUUUGUCAAAGGUUGUUCAUAAAGCUUUUGUCGAAGUUAAUGAAGAGGGCACGGAGGCUGCUGCUGCGACUGCAGCUGUCUUUCUGUUGCGCUGUGCAGUGAUUACAUUCGAGUUUGUGGCUGACCACCCGUUCCUGUUCUUCAUCAGGCACAACAAAACACGCAGUAUUUUGUUCUUUGGAAGGCUCUCCUCACCUUAAAACCCCCAAACCGCAGCUAUUGCCAUUCAACACUGCUCAGAUUGGUUGGAUAAUGUCCAUGCAAGUGGUUUUCCUAAUGGGGAAAACUGAAGCUUUGGACAAUCUAGAGAUCCGUAAGAGAGUGCAGUUUAAUGGCAGUUGAGAGAGAUGGAAUAGGACACAAUAAAAUGUAUUGAUUUUUAAUUAAAUGUACGUAAUUUAAAAAUGCUUCUGCAGCUAAAUUGAAAUAGUGGAAAUAGUUCUUACUUGAGAGGUUAGUUUGCAAAUCACGCUUCCUUACCGAAACUGACGAUAGGUUGAUGGUAGUGAAGGAGAUAGGGUUCUAAAUUAAAAGCUUUUUGUCAACUAUUUGUCUGGGCAUUUUGGAACAAAAGAACCCUUUUUCUUUUCGAUCUUUGUGACGUAACAAGAGAACUGAAGUUGGGGAGUUGACUUUAAUUUUAACCUUGUUGCCCCAUCUGUUUUAAUCCUGAAGUAAUAAUAGUGCCUUCAUUCAUACAGGCAGAUCAUACACUCUCUCUCGAUCACACCCAAACGCCAUUACAGUAGUUAAGGAGUUUGGAAAUGAUUUAACUUCUUACUUCACUAUCUGAAGUUUGCUUCAAAUUCAGCUCAGUUUGUGAAUCAGUUUAUAAGUUACCUAUUUAGUAGCACAGUUUAGACCUACAUCCCCAUAUCCUACUUGCUGUAAUAAACACAAAUUGUUAGCUGGGUUGAUCUUUCUAUUCCUUCAGCUACCUUGUAAACUUCUAAGAAUGUGUGAUUAUUUCUGUGCAGACAUUUUUAAAAAAAAUUCCAAAAAUCGGAGUGCUUCGCGUUUUGAAUUACUUUUGAUGUGCUGUGUGUGAAUGUAAGGGAAUGAAGUUUCACGGGAAGGAGCAUUUAAACUUCUGAAGAAAAUCAUUCUGAAGUUCAGACCAAAAUAUGUAAUGUUAUUGCUCUAUACAAUGUCUUUAAGCUUUAACUUGUAUAUUGGAGACUGCACUUUUUAAAAUAUCUCUGAUGCAGUGCAAUGAUGUCAAAUAAAAUGUUUUGGACUUUC